CUUUCUCUAGAGCUUCUCAGAAGAAAGAGUGCACAGCAUUUCCGAAGCUUAUAUUUGGAGCAGCAAUAUUUCCCGUAACACCAUGAGUCACGCCGGACAUAGAACCUCUUCAACUUCUUACAGACGCACUUUUGGGGCUCCUCUUCUAUCCCCACUGUCCUACUCCUCUACUAGAUAUUCAACCUCAAGACAUUUGGGGAGCCCCUCCCCAGGCCCCUCCAGCCGUUCCUCAUCGGCCUAUAGGGUGAGGUCCAGCACCCCAAUCCGGGUCGCAGACAGGGUGGACUUCUCCGUAGCUGAGGCUCUCAACCAGGAGUUCCUGACCACACGCAGUAAUGAAAAGGCAGAACUCCAAGAGCUUAAUGAUCGGUUUGCUAGCUUCAUAGAGAAGGUCCGUUACUUAGAGCAGCAGAAUGCUGUGCUGGUGACCGAGAUCAAUCAAGCCAGGUCCAAGGAGCCCACAAGGGCUGCAGACCUCUGCCAACAAGAGCUGAGAGAGUUGAGAAGACAGCUGGAUGCUCUGGGCAAGGAAAGGGACCGUAUCCAGGUAGAAAGGGACAACUUUGCAGAGGAUCUCAAUUUUCUCAAACAGAGACUAGAUGAAGAAGUUCACAAGAGAGAAGAUGCUGAGAACAAUUUAGUUCUCUUCAGGAAGGAUGUUGAUGAUGCAACCCUCUCCCGUCUGGAGCUUGAAAGGAAAAUUGAAUCAUUGAUGGAUGAAAUAGAAUUUUUAAAGAAACUUCAUGAAGAGGAAAUCCAAGAUGUGCAAGUCUCUGUACAGGUACAAUCAAUUCAUACCGAAAUUGAACCUACAAAGCAGCCUGACUUGACCUCUGCACUUCGGGAGAUACGCAGCCAAUAUGAAACCAUUGCAGUCAAGAAUCUGCAAGAGUCUGAGGAGUGGUAUAAAUCUAAGUUUGCAGACUUGUCUGAUGCUGCAAAUCGCAAUAAUGAGGCGUUGCGUCAUGCCAAGCAAGAGAUGAACGAAACCCGACGACAGGUCCACAGCCUGACCUCUGAGAUUGAUGGACUUAAAGGAACAAAUGAAGCUUUAAUCCGUCAGAUGAAGGAUAUGGAAGAACAAUUUGGGUCAGAAGCAGCAAAUUACCAGGAUACAAUUGUACGUCUGGAACAAGAUGUGCAACAUAUGAAAGAGGAAAUGGCACGUCACUUGAGGGAAUAUCAAGACCUCCUCAAUGUCAAGAUGGCAUUAGAUAUUGAGAUUGCAACUUACAGAAAACUCUUGGAAGGGGAAGAGAGCAGGAUUGUUGUACCAAUUCACUCCAUGAGCUCUCUAAGUAUUAAAAGCACAGCACCUCAUGAAUCAGAUCCCAGCUCUGAAGUUCACACCAGGAAAACUGUUGUGAUUAAAACUAUUGAGACUCGAGAUGGAGAGCAGGUUGUGACUGAGUCCAGGAAGGAGCAAGCUUCUGAAGGGGAGAAGUGAAAACAUGCGUAGAUCUAGGAUCCUGGUGCCCAUGUAACACCCCUAACUAUGAGAAACCUAAAGACCGGGGAGCAGUCUGUGCUAUAAUAAAUGAGUGUGACUUUUUUUCAUUUUGAAUGUCAUCUAUGUGGCGUUCACAAUUAUUCAUUUCUGCCAUUGUAAAACAUCUCUUAAGUGCCUGUGUCCCAGAUUGUGUUGUGUCUUUUAUAUUCUACUGAUUUCUCACAUUAUGAAUAUGUGAUAUGUCUUUCCCAUUCACAUCCUAAGAACAUGCGAACACCACUGAAAUGUAACUCAAUUAAUUGAUAUACAGUAUGAGCGUACAAUGGUAAAUGCUCGUCUCAAUACACUUAAUAAAUAUCCUAGGUAUUGAAGUACGGCUUCUCUGCCUAACACUUUGUCUAAACGUAAGCUCGCUGGUUGGCUUUGGGCUGCUGUCCAGAACUGGAAAUGCUUAAAGUUAGCUAAAAGUUAGAUUAAAGUUAGCUGCAAAGCGACUUUGGUGCUAUAUAUUUCCUUCCUGUCUGUACUGAAUGGGACACUACCCUUUAGCAUUGUAGCAAUGUACUGUAUAUGUGCCAUGUCUGCUUAUCCAGCUAAUAAAAUGUUUGCAGCAAUGAA